CUCGCCCCGCCCUCCCUGCCGCCCUCGCUGUUGCUGCUGCGGCUGCUGCUAAGGGGGUCCGCGGGGCUGUGGCCAGUUGCAGCUGAGGUGCGGCUCGGAGCGAAGGCACCGGGGCAGUGCCAGACGCAGGCCAAGAAGGGCUGGGUCAUACACUCGGGAUGCGGCGCUGAGGCCCAGCAUGGCCGGCUUGGGCCCCACCUUCCCGCUGCACCGGCUAGUCUGGGCGAACCGGCACCGCGAACUGGAGGCCGCGUUGCACAGCCACCAGUGUCCCAUCUCCCUCAGCACGACAUCGAACAGGAGGAUCCUCGAGGGCGGACCCCCCUGCAGCUGGCUGUGUCCUUGGGGAACCUGGAGUCUGUGAGAGUCCUCCUUCGACAUAAUGCCAACGUGGGCAGAGAGAGCCACCAGGGCUGGGCAGUCCUGCAGGAGGCAGUCAGCACCGGAGACCCUGAGAUGGUGCAGUUGGUACUCCAGUAUCGGGACUUCCAGAGGGCCACACAGAGGUUGGCUGGCAUUCCAGAACUACUCAACAAACUCCGUCAGGCCCCUGAUUUCUACGUGGAAAUGAAGUGGGAGUUCACCAGCUGGGUACCCCUUGUAUCCAAGAUGUGCCCGAGCGAUGUGUACCGUGUGUGGAAGCGGGGUGAGAGCCUGCGGGUGGACACUAGUCUCUUGGGCUUUGAGCACAUGACUUGGCAGCGUGGCCGAAGGAGCUUCAUCUUCAGAGGUCAGGAGGCAGGAGCCUUGGUGAUGGAAGUGGACCAUGACCGGCAGGUGGUGCACACAGAGACACUAGGCCCAACUCUGCAGGAACCAGAGGCUCUGCUGGCCGCCAUGCGGCCCAGUGAGGAACAUGUGGCCAGCCGUCUCACCUCUCCUAUUGUCUCCACCCGCCUGGACACGCGAAAUGUGGCCUUUGAGAGGAACAAAUGUGGUAUCUGGGGAUGGCGGUCGGAGAAGAUGGAGACCGUUAGUGGCUACGAGGCCAAGGUGUACAGCGCCACCAAUGUGGAGCUGGUGACACGUACCAGAACCGAGCAUCUCUCUGAUCAGGACAAGCUAAGGAGCAAAGGGGGGAAGACUCCGUUCCAGUCCUUCCUGGGGAUGGCUCAGCAGCACUCCUCCCACAGUGGGGCUCCAGUGCAGCAGGCCGCCAGCCCCACCAACCCCACAGCAAUUUCCCCCGAGGAGUACUUUGACCCAAGCUUCAGCCUGGAAUCAAGAAACAUUGGCCGCCCCAUUGAGAUGUCCAGCAAAGUCCAGAGGUUCAAGGCAACACUGUGGCUAAGUGAGGAGCACCCACUGUCCUUGGGUGACCAGGUGACACCCAUCAUUGACCUGAUGGCCAUCAGCAAUGCUCAUUUUGCCAAACUUCGGGAUUUCAUCACUCUACGCCUCCCACCAGGCUUCCCUGUCAAGAUUGAGAUUCCCCUCUUCCACGUGCUCAACGCCAGAAUCACCUUCAGUAACCUGUGUGGCUGUGAUGAGCCUGUGAGCUCAGUGUGGGUCCCAGCUGCCAGUCCUGCCUUUUCUGCUCCAGGAAGCCCUUUUCCAUGUGAGGUGGACCCCACUGUGUUCGAGGUACCUGAGGGGUACAGUGUGCUGGGUGCUGAACGCAGCGAGCCCCUUCGAGAUGAGGAUGAUGACCUGCUGCAGUUUGCCAUCCAGCAGAGCCUGCUUGAGGCGGGCACAGAGGCAGAGCAGGUGACUGUGUGGGAAGCCCUGACCAACACACGGCCUGGCAUUCUCCCUCCUCCCCAAAUCACGGUGUUUGAAGAGCAGCUUCAGCUGGAGCAGGCCCUCCAGGAAAGCCUACAGCUAUCCACAGAGUCCAGGGAUUCAGAAUCUCCUCAGAGGACACCUCUAUCCCCUGCACCCCCAAGCUUCGAGGAGCAGCUUCGCCUGGCUCUGGAGUUGUCUUCAAGGGAGCAGGAGGAGCAGGAGCGACGCGGUCAGCAGGAGGAAGAAGACUUACAGCGGAUCCUGCAGCUGUCACUUACAGAGCACUGAGUGGUCUGGCCCUGGAGAGGCUCUCCAGGGUCAUUCCUGCUGCCUGGUUUUUGUUUAUUUAUUUAUUUAUUUAUUUAUUUAUAAACUGUCUGCUGCUGAGCUUGGGGUCUAGGGUCCUGGAAGUAGGCUGGGAGAGGCCAGGAUGGAAAUAAAGAGACCAUCAGCA